AUGCUUCCAGGACAGACUAGCUUUCGGACUGGUGGGUUUGACUGGUUGAACUUUGACAUUGGCAACAGUCCUCAGGGCUUCCAGCUUGAUACCUUUUAUAACAGCUACAUUCCAGAGUUCUGGUCUUCCAGUACAGCCCAGCAAAUCCCCGAGUCGGGAGGGCCUAAUAGCGGUGAUACUGGCAAUGGAGUGCAACACAAGAUGGGCAUUGGCGAGUCGAGCCGGGAUUCACAAGACGAAGGGCAACCCGACAUGGAACAAAACACGCUUGCGUGGCCUUUUGAUCAGGCUCAUAAGCAAUCUCCGCGCCGAUAUCAGCUCCCUCCACUCCGCGAUAUUCUCAACGGUUAUUGUCCGACAGACAGACCAAGGCCUGUUCAGACAACACUUGUGAAGGGCUUCAUACAAAUUCUGUCUGAGAAUCCCCUUCCUCAACUUGAAACCUUACGAGAACCUCAUUCUAUCCAGGCCUUUUGUAGUCUACAACGUCUUGUUGACUCUUAUUUUUCUCGGUUCCACGAUAUCCAGGCGAUUAUCCACAAACCUACUUGGACCAUGUCGGCUUGCCCGCCUAUUCUUCUUACGGCCAUGGCCUCUGUUGGGGCAUUGCUCUCUGAUAGCCAGUCGGAUUACGAGCUUUCAGUAGCACUGAGUGAGAUCUGCUCUACAAUGAUUAACUGGAUGGGUGCCUCAGAUGCUACCAACUACAGUGAUGUCUCAUACCUUAAUGCGCUCUGUCUUUACCAGAUCUAUUCACUCGGGUCAGGUAAAAGACAGUUGUACCAGAAUGCAGACAGGUCUCGUGGGCUGCUGAUCGGUGGUUUACGAGGGAUCGGUCUGUUGAACCCUCGUUCUUCGAUCACUCUGAGUCAGGAUCACGAGACUAUUCGAGGUUCCGAGGACGAUCUUGUUCUCGCCAAUGAUUGGAAGAACUGGAUCAAGAUGGAGUCAGGACGGAGGGCAGCCUGGGCAGCAUUUGAGUAUGACUGUAGCCUUUGUACUCUCACGAGUCGUCGAGGAAUUGUUGACUUGAGCGAACUGCCAUCAGAAUUGCCAUGCCCUGAGUCCAUGUGGAACGCCACUUCAGCACGAGCUUGGUUUGCUCUGAUGUCUCGUCUUGGCCAGGACGACUCAAGACCAAACCUGUCAAAGGUACUGAAGCAGGCACUAGCGGGGCGUGAACUGCCAUCGUCUUUGGGAUCCUGGGCUAAGAGGCUCUGUGCGCAGGUGAUCGGGCGGUUACUCUGGGAUCUCUGGCAAAUUGAGGUCGUCGCAAUGCCAGAGUAUCUCGGUCUUGGAUCAAUUGUGGCUGCGCACCAAGACACGAAGAGGUCGCUUCUCAAGGGCUUGAAUAACUUGGUUGAGUCUCUGUCUUUGCCAUCAUCGACGAGCGAUCUCACCAGCUACAAUAUAGCCAGUCUUCUUUGCCACUAUUCGCACUUGUGCGCGGCGAAUGGCGUCCUCGAUCUCAUCCUAUCCAUCGUACGGGGACUCAUCUCAACGGAACCACGAGUACAUGAGGGAAUCAAGGUAGCCCGCAAACGCCUCAAGUUGACAUUUUCCAGAGAUCCAAAGACAGCAAGGAGACUAUGCUGGCACGCAGCCCAAAUCGUCGCAAUCGCUAAUGAGUACUUGGUGUCUGCCCCUUGCGAGAUUAUGCGAGUCUUUAUGGGUUACAUCUUCAUCAUCGCGUACUCUGCCUAUGGGGAUCAUUCUAGACCGUCGCCAAUGGAGGUUACUCAAAGUGUCAGGCUGGAUCUGCAUGAUCAGAAUCUUUCUCACAGAAGAGUCGUUGUCAAAUGGAUUGAGGUUGGAGGACCUGCUAGCUCUGGAUCUGUUCCGGAUAUUGGUACCGACGGUUGCGUCCCUGCCAUCAGCACCGAUGCACAAGAGAUAUUGAAGAAGCUGCAAUGCUGGGGAUUGGCUCACAAGUUUACCAAGGUAUUUCAGGUACUGGAAACGAAAGGGCUGUAA